GCCGCCUCCCUCCCGCCCAGGACUUCCGCCCUUCCGCCCUUCCGCCCGAGUGUGUCUGAGUUGCGAGUGUAUCUUGACCUAGAGGGUGCGAAGAUGCACAUCCCUUUUACGAAAAGGUGGAAAGAUGCACAUUCCCUUUUACUUUUAUUUUCGUCUUUUUACGCAUUUGUUGGCGGUUGCUGCAGUGAUACGCCAGCUGGGCGGCGUCGGUGGUGUUCUAUCUCGUCUCGUCGACCAGCAGAGCAUCCGUGGCGGCUGAGGGCGUACUCAUACUCAAAGGCGUGGAUGAAUCUGACCGCAAUCACGUCCAGAGCUUUGCGAACGUAAGGGUGGGGAGAAGAGGGUCUUGGGGGAGGGGGGGCGUUAUGUCGAGUCGUGGGUAAGCGCGCUAACCACGGUAGUCGACGAAGUACGAUCCAUUGACGGGCGAGCUGGACCUUCCUCUCUCUUUCUCUCUCUCUCUGUCUCUGUCUCUCUCUUUCUCUCUCUUUCUCUCUCUGUCUCUGUCUCUCUCUCUCUCUGUGUGGAUGUGCGGCUAGGGUGUUGUACAGGAGAACGAAGUCAUUGUUCUGCUGGAGUUUGCUGGCGGCUGGAAGGCAACAGAGAACACACGGUACGUGUGUUCUUCAACUUUCUUCCUCCUCGACCGUGCGAUUGCAAUUGGGAUCUCCGGCAAAGCAUCCGUUGAUCGGUAGAUUGACAUCUGGACAGUGACAUCUGGACAGUCUGUCUGCGUAGAUUGUUGGCGCGCAUCUCCUUGUCGUCGGGAAGAAUGGCCAUGAUCGGACGUGCGCUGCAGCGGUUGAUAGCAUCUCCCGCCAUCGCCGGCGAUGCAGCGAGGACAACUGCGGCUGCGGCAGGACUUUGCAGGCAUGUUGAGUCCUCCGUACUAGCCCAGCGAGGGGCUUUGUCGGGGGGGGGAUCGGCAGCGCAUCAGAAUUACAGCACCAACAACAGUGGCAGUGGCAACACCGGGGUAGAGAGCGACAGAGCAAGGAACAGCAACCCGGAUGCUCAACAAAUGACAUUUCCGAUGAGCGGAACACUGAAUAAGGUCAAAAGUGUACGUGGAGGGAUUGAUAGAAGUAAGACAGUAUGUUGACGGCGCCGGAUUUUGGAAGACGGUUAGAGAGAUAGCUGUGAGGUCCCCUUCAGGAAUGCUGCUUCCUUUGGAAAAGUCACCCUUGUUGAGGCAACAAAAGCGAAUGGUGGCGGCUAUUGAGAAACCAGAUGUGGAGGAUCAUGUUGAUGCAGUGGACGAUGUCUCAAGCGAGGAGGUGAUCGAGGAGGAGGUCGAGAAAGAGCAGGUGUUGUCGUGACUGCUUCUCUGGUCAAUCGUGUGAACCCUGCGACUGUAAGUCAUUGUACGGUUGAGAUUCAGACUUACUUCCCUUUUUGUGAAAGCGUCCAGAUGCGUCCGGAUCGAUCCCAGUGAUGCAGUACUGCAUUAGGGCCCUCUGCUCACCUCUGCAUUGGUGAUGCAGGCAGGAUAGAGGUACGUCACACACAGCGAUUUGAGGUUAUACAUGGUGUAGAUGUUAUUCUCUUUUCCGCGCUCAGUCUUUGUUAGCGAAUAUUUCUCCGUGGAUGUAGAGCAAGCGCAGUCGAUCCUUCUGCAGAGUGAGAGUUUGUCGUUUUGGUUUCGUUCGUGUGAGAGAUUAUACUCCCUUAAUAUGCCGGUUCGAUUAGUUUCGGUGCCAAGUUGAGUCCAAUUCAUAUUCCGUGAAUUUCUUUCCGUAUACUUCGCAAUUGUGCUGCUUUGAGAGCACAGUUGAGCAUUUUUGUUCUGCACGCGCGUGUGUGUGUGUGUGUGUGUGUGUGUGUGUGUGUGUGUGUGGUCAUGUGUGUGUGUGUGUGUGUGUGUGUGUGUGUGUGUGUGUGUGUGUGUGUGUGUGGUCAUUGUUAAAAGUUGGUUGCAUCGGGUAGUUUUUGGAUGUGCUCUUCCAUGUGCAGAUGGAUGCUUCGUCGACCAGAGUCGCUGUUUCAUUCUCUCAGAAGAUUUGUGGUUGUGCUUGCCGUCAAAGCGGCAGAUGUUCCACUGUCGUGAUGAAAUCAACGAAGCAGUUGCGU